UCCAACCAAUGGAAUCGUGAGGGGGCGGGAUUCAUGGGCUAGCUAACGUACGCUCGUUAGUAGGAAGAAGAAGCCGAUUCUGGAAGCCAUUACGUUGCGCAUAUCAAUUGAGUACUAUUUUUGCGUAUAGUACGCAAACUACUCCAAACUCUGACUUUAUGCAAUUAUGGUCUCGGUCGCAAAAAAGAGAAAAAUGAAUUUCUCGGAGAGAGAGGUUGAAAUUAUUGUGGAAGAAAUAGAGAAACAAAAGCACACAUUGGUUAACCACUUCAAUGCUGGAGUCUCCCACAUGGCAAAGAACAACGCAUGGUUGGAGAUCCUCAGAAAGGUGAACGCUGUCACAACAUGUCCGAGAGAGUUGCCUGAGGUCAAGAAAAAGUGGUCCGAUAUGAAGACGGAGGUUCGAAGAAAAGUGGCGCAGGCGCGGGCUGCGAUAGAAGGCACGUCCACCGACUGCACUCCCGUUCCCGUCCUUCUCACUGCCAUGCAGCAGAGGAUCUGUAACCUCCUUGGAGAAGCCACCAUCAUCAGUUUACCUGCAGGAGACUCGGAUGCUGAGAUCACUUUGCCUGUCACGGCAAACUCCACCACCGUCACACUCACAGAGCCUCUCCCAGCAGUUUCAGUAACUGUUUGUCAUGAAGCAAAAACACUGAAUGCUGAAACAGCUUACCAUGCAUUAGAAGACGGAGGCGUAGUGGAGUACUGCACCACAACCGUAACCGAUUCAACCCCUGCUGUGGUUGCAACGGUUGAGGGUCCAGUGGAGGUGUUGGCAUCAUCCUCAGCUUCCUCGCCACCGCCACCUCAGGCUCAUUCUAAACCCCAAGAGCUGAAGAGCCGCAUUGCCCUCAACUCAGCUCGUCUUCUACAGGAGCAGAGAGUCACCAAUGUCCAUAUCCGACAGAUUGCCCAGCACCUGGAGGGUCAGAACCAGUUGCUACAGAUGAUGCGUCACUCUCAGGAGGCCCAGGCAUUUGCACAGGAGCGCCAAGCCCAGGCCUUGGAAGGAACUCAAGCUGCACUGCUGGCACUGGUGCAGAUGCUCAGGCCAACUCUAAAGGACCUCCGCAAAUUCCUACAGAGUGGGACUGAGGUCACAAACUUGCACAGCGCAGCAGCAGGAGUGACACCUGAUGGGGCAUUAAUAGAGGAACAGAGCAAGCCAGCGACACCACCACCUGCUCCCCAGCACACAGAGGAAACACAAUAGAAUCCUUAAUUUGGUUGGCACCAUAAAACUGACUCCACAUUUUCCUGAGAAAUCCCUGCACAUAGAUUUCAACAAGCCUUGAAAACAUUUUAUAAGUUGCCUUAGGAAGCGCAUAUGUAUGAUUUUAGCUUUGCAUUAACAUCAGGGGGGUUCAGAAAGCAGGUUCAACAUACUCUGAGUCCAUCCCUGAACUCUGCGUUGACUUACUCUGCGAUGGGAGACUCUGGGUAUUCGGUUCCAGAAAGGCUGAUCUGAGUUAGUUCAAUCAACUCUGAGUAUGUUCACCUGGAGUUACACGCGUGCACAACUCCUAUAAAAAGCCAUUAUCAAUCAAGCCCCGAUACCACGAGUCACCAUGACAACUGAGGAAAAACAUCACCUUAUUUUACUUUAUUGGUCCUUAUGCAGGCCUACGGCGAGUGUGAACGUAUUUUCUUGCCGCAAAUCUAGUACGGCUGCAGCAGCGAAGAAGAGAAAGACGUCAUGGGAGGAAAUUGCUGCUCGAUGCGCAAGUUUGAAUGUACUAUUUCAUUGAUGUAACAUCUAACCAUAACAUUGUAGCAUAGCCUAUAGUUAUGAAUUAAAGUAGGAAUGAAAUCUCAUUUUUAUUUAGGUGCAAUUCAACAGGAGAAAGAAAUGACUUGGAAGUGGCUCAAAAUAAAACAUGAAAACAUUAGUCAAAAAGGUAAGGUAUGUUUUGCUAGGCUGUGAUUGCACCUCACUUUGAUUUUAAUUUUAUUAUUUUAAAUGGACUCACACUACUAAACAAGGUCAGUAUUAAUUUAAACUAAAAUAUUAAUUCAGUGGCUACUUCAAAUAUUUUAACCCCCAAACAAAAUGUUUUCCAACGUCCUGAGUUAAUUCUACACUUUGUGGAAUAAUACUUGACACAAAUGCAGUUAUGUUUUAUACCUAUUAUAGUCAUUUAAAAUGUGACGCUGUAGCCUAUACCAACACUCAUUAAAAUACUAUUUUAAAACAAA